UCCUCCACACACACAGUAUCUCUGUCUGUUCUCUCAGAAUGGGUAGCUUUGUUGCCAACGAAGGACUCUCCAUCUUUGUCAUUCUGGUGUGGCUGGGGCUCAAUGCCUUCCUGUUUGUUCAUUUCUACAUGGCCUUCCUGACUGAGAGGUGGUUCUACACCAGAGUUCUCCUGGGGGAUGCCCUGUCCUGGGCGAGAGCUCCUGCCGCCUGUCUGAACUUCAACUGCAUGCUCAUCCUGCUCCCCGUGUGUAGAAACCUUCUGUCUUUCCUGCGCGGGACCAUUCAGUGUUGCAGCCGUACAGCUGCCCGACAGCUGGACCGAAACCUGACGUUCCACAAGCUGGUGGCGUACAUGAUCGCCUUUCACACAGCGGUCCACAUCGUCGCCCACCUGUUCAACUUUGAGUGGUUCAUGGACGCGCAGCUGCUGCAGAGCAGCCAGCUGCCAUAUGUCCUCUCUCAGAUCGGUAACGGGGACAACGCCUCCUAUCUGAACCCAAUCAGAAGCAACCAGACUAACCCUACUAUUGUGAUGUUCACCACAAUCGCUGGUCUGACGGGCGUGGCUAUCACCCUGUCUCUCAUCCUCAUCAUCACCUCAUCCAUGGAGGUCAUCCGGAGGUCGUACUUUGAGGUGUUCUGGUACACCCACCACCUCUUCAUCAUCUUCUUCAUUGGCCUGGUUUUCCAUGGAUUUGGGCGUAUUGUGAGAGGACAGACAGCCAGCAGCCUGGACGAACACAAACCGCUGCAAUGCAAAGACCAGUUUGAGGCCUGGGGGCAAAACGGAACCGUCUGUCCUCAACCUCAGUUUGCUGGGAACCCCCCCAUGACAUGGAAGUGGGUGGUGGGCCCCAUGAUCCUCUAUGUGUGUGAGAGGCUGGUGCGUUUCUUCCGCUCCCGGCAGAAGGUGGUCAUCACCAAGGUGGUGAUGCACCCCUCCAAGACCCUGGAGCUACAGAUGAAGAGGAAGGGGUUCAGGAUGGAGGUGGGUCAGUACGUCUUCAUGCAGUGCCCCUCUGUCUCCAGCUUGGAGUGGCACCCCUUCACCCUCACCUCGGCCCCCGAGGAGGACCACUUCAGCGUCCACAUCCGCAUCGUGGGUGACUGGACGGAGGGCCUCUACAAGGCUUGUGGAGGCGACUGUGCGGCGCCCCAGGACGCCUGGAAACUGCCAAAGAUGGCGAUCGACGGCCCAUUUGGCACCGCCAGUGAAGACGUCUUCAGAUACGAGGUGGUGAUGCUCGUGGGUGCUGGCAUCGGGGUCACUCCCUUCGCCUCCAUCCUCAAGUCAGUGUGGUACAAACACAUCCAGAAGAACCAGAAUGUCUUCACCAAGAAGAUCUACUUCUAUUGGCUGUGUCCUGAGACCCAGGCCUUCGAGUGGUUUGCAGACCUGCUGCAGUCUCUGGAGGGCCAGAUGACAGAGAAGGGGAUGGGUGACUUUCUCAGCUACAACAUUUACCUCACCAGGUGGAAAGAGACUGAAGCAGCUCACUUCAGAGUUCACCAUGAAUCUGAGAGCGACCCCAUCACCGGUCUGAAGCAGAAGACUCUGUAUGGGAAGCCCAACUGGGACAGCGAGUUCAGCUCCAUCGGAACCAAUCACCCGGGGAGUAAGGUGGGGGUGUUUCUUUGCGGCCCCACCCAGCUUGCUGAAGCUCUGGGGAAGCAGUGUCAGUCCCACACGGAGGGGGGCGUGAAGUUCAUAUUUAACAAAGAGAACUUUUAGCUUCCACAGUCUCCCGGGACACCAACUGGGACACCAACUAUAACACCAACUGGGACACCAUCUUCUAUAACACCAACUUCUACGCCAUCCCCUUCUACGACACCAACUUCUAUAAAACCACUUCUGCAACACCAAACAUAUUUAAUAUGAGUGACAAUAUUGGUUAUAAUGUCAUGAAUACAUGUUGGCUUUCUUGCAUAAAUGUGGAACUUCUCUGUAUUUGCACAAAUAUGUGGAACUUCUCUGUAUUUGCCAACACAGCACAGAAACUGGAACUUGAAAGUCUGUGUUGAAAAUGUCUUCCCUUUUCUUAAUAGUUUAUGUUUUUGGACAAACGUGUUGUGGGAUGUGAAGCUAGUGAGAGUAGGUUUAACUGGAAAAGGAAUGAAAGAUCAGAGCUUCAGCUGGUUGGUAGUUUCCAUCCAUCUGUUGCAGAGACAGUGCAACAGAUGUUCAAACCAGGUCAAAUCAAACAACACAGACAAAAAAAACUAUGAACUGAAAUGAUCUGAUGAAAUAAUCUGAUGAAAUAAUCUGAUGAAAUAAUCUGAUGAAAUAAUCUGAUGAAAUAAUCUGAUUAAAUAAUCUGAUUAAAUAAUCUUCUGUCUCGAAUCAGCCCUCUGUUCUGUGCAUCUCUGUUCUUCUUCUUGAACUUGUUGACCUGGAAAAGACUUGAGGAUCAAUCAUUGUUUCUUCAGUCUGUGAUCAACAAAACACGUGA